AAACCAAAGAAAAAUCAUGGAAGAUCAUGUAAAAGUUUUUAAUAAAGCUAUGAUACUUCCUGGAGGCGAUUACCAUAAUGUUGCAAAAAAAAUAAUCAAGAUUUUACUCGAGAAAGGGCAAAUUGGCUUUAUUGAAUUUCAGACGAUUGUGAAUGACAAGAAAGUUGCAGAUAUUUUACUAGCUUCUAACAUAUUUUCGUUACGUUCUGACAAAAAAGCUAUUGUAAAUUUUGAGUCAAAAUUAGUAGAAUGUGUGAUUCGUGAAAAAUUAAUCGUGUUCAACUAG